UUGAAGUAAAACUCUUUUCUUUGAGGAAAAAUUGUGGCGUUUACAUAACCACAAAGUUGUUCUCUGCUGCUGCAAUAUGUAAGAUGAUUAUCCACCAAAGCACACUGGGGAAUAAUCCAUAAAUACUGAAUUACCUGAUGAGCUUUUACAUUGAGGAUUAGCCUCGCCUGUUUCACCUAAAAACAAAGACUCCUCCCUUCAUGUCCAAGUUUGACUCUAGUGGGAAGAGAGAGCCGUGAUUUCCGCCUCCAUCUGAAGGUCGGAGUCCCGCAUCAAGUCGCACGGCGGCGGCAGUGGGGAUGCUGGCACUGCCCUUUACGCAUGAUCUCCCCGCCAGCACGCUUUAGGCGCACAGCCGCAGCGUCUCCGUUCAAGACUUGCGCAAAGAUGGAUGUAAGAAAGGAGAGCGUCUGCUGCGCCUCGUUUUGACUCUUUCAAAGAAGCUCGCGUGAGGAUCUGUUUCUGGAGGACUUCUUCUAAUCGUCAUUCCAAUGGAUAUUUACGCAUCUGCUUUGUCACCGGCGCUGGACAUCGGGACCGGCUGCUACCUGCUGGUGUUAACUGUUCUCUCCGUCAUAGGAAACCUGCUAGUCCUCAUCAUGGCCUUCAAAAGGUCAUCGAGGAUGAAGCCACCGGAGCUGCUCAGCGUCAAUCUGGCGCUGACUGACCUCGGAGCGGCGGUCUUCAUGUACCCUCUGGCUGUGGCCUCGGCCUGGAGUCACCACUGGUUGGGUGGAGAUGUUUCCUGUAUUUACUACGGCUUGGCAGGCUUCUUCUUUGGCAGUGCCAGCGUUAUGAACCUCACGGUUUUGGCCGUGGUGCGCUUCAUUGUGUCCCUCAAUCUGCAUUCUCCCAAAGAGAAAGUCAGCUGGAGGAAGGUGAAGAUCCUGUGCUUGUGGUCGUGGCUGUACGGCCUCGUCUGGGCGCUGUUUCCGGUUCUGGGCUGGGGCCGGUACGGCCCGGAGCCCUUCGGGCUGUCCUGCUCUCUGGCCUGGGGGGAGAUGAAAGACGAGGGCUCCUCUUUCGUCAUCUCCCUCUUCUCCUUCAACCUGGUGCUGCCCAGCGUGGUCAUCAUCUGCUGUUACUUCGGCAUCACCAUGAAGCUGUACUUCACCUACAAGAAGUCGGCCAACAGCAACCACGUCCCCAACAUCAUCAAACUCCACCGGAGGUUGCUGAUCAUUGCCAUCCUGAUCAGCUUAGGCUUCAUAGGCUGCUGGACGCCGUACGGGUUGGUCAGCCUCUGGUCCAUUUUCAACGACAGCAGCAAAAUCCCGCCCGAGGUCAGCCUGCUGCCGUGCAUGUUUGCCAAGAGCUCCACCGUCUACAACCCCAUGAUCUACUACUUCUUCAGCAAGAGCUUCAAGCGGGAGGUGAAGCAGCUGCCGUGGCUGUGCGUCGGCGCCAACCCGUGCCACGUGUCCAACAGCGUGAACGACAACAACAUCUACAUGGUCAGUGUGAAUGUCAAAUCCAAGGAGACGCGGCGGGAAACUUUGCAGGAGAUCACGGAGUCAAGACAGUGACACGCGUCAACACCUAGAGAGUUUAUUUUUGAAGAACUGGCUGAUGGGAUGUGAAACGUUUGGAGGUUUUUGGUCGAACAAACAUUAAUUGUGGUUUCAAGGGAAGGUCAAGAGAGCACGCCGUUAUUGAGGUGAAUGUCAAGCCUGCAAAAACAAUAAAACGGAUUUAUGCAUGGAGUGGGAACCUGCACAAAGGAGGAACACUCGAUGUUGAGGGUUUACAGAUGGUUUAGUCUGAAAAAGAAAAGAGGCCAAACAAUGUCCAAAGAAACUGGUGUUUUAGCAGCUUGUACUGAGAAAAAACGUUGUAGUUCACCAUUUCAUUUUUGAUGUUGAGGACAAAAAAGGUUUUGUAUUCCGGCUGAGUUUAUUGGUCGUCUGAUGACUUUAAAGGUCAAUAAGAGUCUCCUCAGAAUCAGUUUAAGCACAGAAAUGAGAUGGUAAAAAUAACCUUUGUGCUAAUAUUAAAACAUCCAGCAUGAAAAAUGUCUAUUUCCUCCCAGCUGAAGCUACAAUUUGAAUUCUCUUUAAAGAAAAGCAUUCAGAUCACUCUUUGAAGCGUUCUUUUUUUUUUUGUCAAUAAGUGGCCUUAUUGCUUCUGUCACUGGUUUGUCAUCAAAUGUCUUUGUCGAUCGCUCUCAUCUAACGCUUGUCGUUCGUCUAAGCAUGUUGGGUGUUGCUUUUGAAGGAACUGCUGGGCCGCGUGACCUUUUGAACCCCAGCGAUGCUUCAACCUGUGAAAAUCGGGUGGUAAAAACACAAAACACCUCCUGAGGACCCACAAAGACGCACAUUUUUACUUUUUAUUUUGCUUGUUUAAGGCUACAGCCAAUAGAAUCAUCUGGUACUACUAAUAUUAUUAAUUAAGAUAAAUCUGAAUUUCUGGUCGAUUUGCCUCAAAUUGACCCCCCAGGAGAAAGUUCUGCUUUGACCAUUUAUGUCGUUGCCUGUUGUGAUGCUUGAGAGUCUAUUUCUUGAUGAACUUUUGUUUCUUUUCAUGGUAAAUGUAAAUUAUUUUCAUUUAAAUUCAUAAAAUGUCAUGAAAAAAGGUUGAAUACCUGUUAGAACUUAUUUUUAAUUUGUGAAUGUAGAGCUCUAAACUAAGAGCAUGUUUAUGUGGACAAUUUAUUUGUCAUGUUUAAAGACUGAAUAAAGUCCUGAAGACUGAGAAACUUUUGCUGGUAAAUGUAUAUUUACACUCAGUUUGAGUUGGACAGCCAAAAAUAAAAUUAAAGCCAUUAGCCCACCCCC